AACUUCAUCACGAAAUCUGAAAAUUAUAAUAUUAUAUAAUGCUUUCCGGGCUCCCCAGAUCAGUUCACAUUAUUAUUUUCCCUUUGAUAAAAAAAAAUUAGAAAUCCUGCCAGGAUUUCUGCUUCACUUCAUACAAACAAACACAAGAGUGCUACAUUCAUCUCUACUUCUCAAUCUUUUCAAAAAACACCACCAGAUGGCUUCUUCUUCUGCUUUCUUCUUUCACUUUCUCUGCAUUUUCCUGGCAACCAAACGCCCCCAGGAAGUCCAGGGAAACCAUCCAGAGAUUCAAGUUCAGGAUAAAAACAGCUGCAAUUUAUUUACAGGGAGUUGGGUUUAUGAUGACUCGUAUCCGGUUUAUGAUUCCAGGAAGUGUGAGUUCUUGAAAGGAGGAUUUGACUGCCAGGGAAAUGGCAGACCUGAUCACGAUUAUCUCAAGUUUAGAUGGAAGCCUUCCGGCUGUGAACUUCCCAGGUUCAACGGCCUGGAUUUCUUGGAGAAAUACAGAGGGAAAAAGAUAAUGUUCGUGGGAGAUUCACUAAGUAACAACAUGUGGUUAUCUCUAGUCUGCAUGCUUCACUCUGCUGGCCCAAACUCUAUUUACACCUUCAAUCAAAGAGGCCACCUUUCUACAUAUUUUCUGCAGGAAUAUGGGACCUCAAUUAUGUGGUUGAAAAAUGGGUUCCUGGUGGAUGUGGACAAUGAAGAAAUUGGGAAAGUAUUAAAGCUUGAUUCAAUUAGCACAGGAAGACUCUGGCUUGGUAUGGAUUUGUUGAUCUUUAACACCUUUCACUGGUGGGUUCACACCGGCAGCGAUAGAACAUGGGACUACUUUCAAGUGGGGAGCAAACUUCUGAAAGAAAUGGAUCGAAUGGAAGCUCUCAAGAUUGCAUUAACAACUUGGGCUAAAUGGGUUGAUUCUAACAUUGAUUUUUCCAAAACUAAAGUUUUCUUCCAAGGUGUUGCUGCUGUUCAUGUUGAUAGCAGGGAAUGGAACUGGUGUGAUGGCGAAACGGAACCUGUGAAGGGCUCAACAUAUCCAGCUCCCAGUCAUCCUGGAGAAGCUGUUGUGAAGAGUGUGAUAAGCAGCAUGACUCAACCAGUAUAUCUACUUGACAUUACUUUGUUAACACAACUGAGGAAAGAUGGACACCCGUCUGUUUACACCGGCAGAGGCACCACAUUUGAUGACUGCAGCCAUUGGUGUCUUGCCGGGGUUCCAGAUACUUGGAACCAGUUACUCUAUGCAGCUUUGCUUUAAAAGGAAUUUUCUGGGUUUCAUUAGCAGCACAGUUUCAACGGCUUAAAAGAAUAUAGAACAUUACCAUUUUCAUAUUUCAGAAACAGAAUACAAUCAAAUUUGAUGCAGUGAUGUUGCAUAUUUGAUUAAUCUUGCAAAUGAAAGCAACAUGUUCUGUCAAAAA